AACUUCCAAACGCAUAACACAUAUUCAAUUAUCCGCUCCAGUUUUAGAAAUUCCCAAAUAUCACAAGUUUCCUCCCUUCACGACCGGUGUAAUUUAUACAUUUGGUCCUUCGAACCGGAUCGGUGAAAGGAAGCAUUACGUGCAGUGAAACUUGCAGCAGGACACUACGUGUUCACAGAUUUGGGAAUAAACGGCACUACGUACCGUUUAUGUACAGUGGUGAUUCAAAGUGUGAUAUUUCUCCGUUUAAACCCGUUGUGUUUUUCAUUUCCUUUGGUUGCCCCGCUAUCACGGGCAAAGGAGACGUUUGUGAAGUGUUCGUGAAGAUUACAUCGUGUCACGAACAAGGAACAGAAAAGCGAGUGUGUAGUUCGAUCGGAACGCGUAAGAAAACCGACGCCACCCACGCCAUUUCAAAUUUGGCACCCAUAACUGCAACGACACCCAUUGCGUUUUCAAAUUUGCGCCAUUCGAAAUUUGGUUUUGCGUACAAGUUGCAUCCAAGUUACAGUGAGAUUAUCCUACGCGCCAAAAAUUCAAAGAGAAAAUGGCGAAACAAUUAAAAGCGUUUCAACUGAAAAAACGCCAAGCUGCCGAGCUAAUUAAAACCGUGGAACAGUUCACCAGUGAAUAUACCGAUGAUAGAGUGAGUGAAGUAUCAGUGUGUCUAGACCAGCUGGAAAGGUAUUACGAAGAUUUUCUCCAGGCAAGCGCGAAAGUUUCGGAGCUAGAUGAGGAUGGGGCGGAAACGUAUGUGGCGGAACGUUGCGAAAUGGACACGCGUUACCGACGCGUGAAGGGUUUCCUUCUACGAAGGCAACCCUCGAACCCGGGUGUGAGUGAUUCGGUGUUGAUCGCGAAUUCAACGAUGAAUACUACGGGACGAUCGAGUGCUGUGAAUGUGCGUCUGCCGAAAAUCGAAUUACCUACGUUUGAUGGUGAUUCUACCAAGUGGCUUACUUUCCGGGACCGAUUUGUAGCUAUGAUUGAUUCUUCCGCGGACAUUCCUAACAUCAUGAAGCUGCAAUAUCUGCUGUCGUCGUUAAAGGGUGAUGCUGGAUUGCUCUUCGAGCAUACCACCUUAACAGCAGAUAAUUACGACGUGACGUGGACUGCCUUGCUGAAGCGAUACGACAACCCGCGUACGCUUGUUCGCGAGUACUACCGGAAGAUUCAUCACCUACCGACAGUGAGCCGUGAAAGGGUGGAUGAAUUGGCGCAGCUCGUGGAUGAAUUCACGCGGCACGUGAACGGGCUGAAGAAACUCGACGAGCCCGUUGAGUACUGGGAUACGCCGCUCGCCAACCUCUUGCUGAUGAAACUGGACACGGCGACCAUCUUGGCUUGGGAAAACCAUUCAGCACAGCACACGAAAGAUAAGUACAAGGAGUUAGUAGAUUUCCUUCAUAGUCGUGUCCGAAUCCUUAAGUCAACGCGUGAGUUUUCCCAUACUGAACUAAAUACGAGAAUGGUGGCCGGUAGCAAAAAAAUAUUCGAACAUAGACCAAGGUUGGUGGGUAACACAGCGACGGCAGGAAGAGCAAUACCGCAUAUGUCAGCGCCACAGCCACCACAACCACCGUGCAUUUUUGGUUGCACGGAGGCUCACCAUUUGCGGGCUUGUCCGGAAUUCGCAAAUAAGGACGUACCCCAACGGCGGGAAAUCGCAACACGAGAACGGCUGUGUUGGAAUUGCCUGAAUCGUCAUCACCAAGUGAGGGAUUGCCGCUCGUCGUACCGGUGCACUACGUGCAAGGCACGACACCAUUCACUACUACAUGUGAAUUCAGCGGUGACCAUGGCUGCGCAAUCCGAUGAGGAAAUGGUUCUUCUGGAAACGGUCCUUCUCCAGCUCGUGGAUGAUCACGGCAACACGUAUGAUGCGCGGGCACUUCUCGAUUCGGGAUCGAUGUGCAAUUUCGUUUCCGAAACCAUGGCGCAGCGAUUGCUAACACCGUUGUCAAAGGUAGACGUUGCCAUAUCUGGUAUAGGGCAACACAUGCAGCACGUCAAGGGUUCCAUUACAGCGGCCGUUCAAUCGAAAGGGGCUGACUUCUCUACAACAAUGGAAUUUCUUGUACUAAAGACUCCGUCGGCAGAUCUUCCAACCACACCGAUAAACGUAGAGUCGUGGUUCCUCCCGAAUAUAAAAUUGGCUGAUCCUACUUUCCACGUCCCCGGAAAGGUAGAUGUGGUUAUUGGCGGUGAUACAUUUUGGGAACUACAUACUGGAAGGAAGCGGUCACUGGGCGAAGGAAAACCAUGGUUGUUGGAGACACCGUUUGGAUGGGCGAUCUCUGGGAAUACUUCCCGUUGUUCUGGGCCCAAUUUGCGGUUGUGUCACCUGGCAACCAAUGAAGGUGACAUUGCAGCUUCGCUACAACGGUUCUGGGAGGCUGAGAGCAUUUUAGAAGGCCCUGCGUUGUCUUUGGAAGAAGACCUGUGUGACAAGUAUUAUGCUUCCACGACUACGCGAAAUGCUCAAGGUCGCUAUGUCGUGUCGUUGCCGCGAAAUGCCAAACCGGAGAAAGUCCUGGGUUUGUCAAGGGAUAUAGCAGAUCGGCGUUUGUUGGGAGUUGAACGGCGGCUAAAGGCCAAUCCUGUAAUGGAAAAGGAGUAUAAAAGGUUCAUGGUAGAAUACGAGCAGUUGGGACACAUGGUGAAACUCACCGAACCUGUCGACGAUAGUGAGCCGCACUGCUACAUCCCUCAUCAUGCCGUGAUUAAGGAGUCGAGUUCUUCAACCAAGGUUCGUGUUGUUUUCGAUGCAUCCUGCAAAACAACAUCGGGCUACUCCUUGAACGACACCUUACUCAUUGGCCCAACGGUACAAGAUGAUCUGCUCACAAUCAUCUUGCGAUUCAGGAAGCAUUCUGUCGCAUUAGUGGCAGACGUGGAGAAGAUGUACAGGCAGAUCCUGCAUUAUGAUAAAGAUCGAAAACUGCUACGCAUUCGAUAUCGGGAACGUUCAACCGAACCAAUAGCAACGUAUGAGCUACAAACGGUGACCUACGGUACCGCAUCAGCUCCGUUCUUGGCCACUCGUACGUUGCAACAAAUUGCGCAUGACAACAAACAGGAGUACCCCAAAGCCGUAGACCCGGUUCUGCAUGAUUUUUAUGUGGAUGACUUGCUGACUGGUGCAGCAAGUGUUUCAGAAGCCAUCGAGACACGUAAACAGAUAUCAUCGAUGUUGGAAUCAGCGGGCUUCUCACUAAAGAAAUGGGCGUCGAACAUACCGGCUGCGCUUGAUGGUGUUUCAAGCGCCGAUUUGGCCAUCAAAUCAGUUCUAGACUGGCAAGAAGACCAAGCAGUCUCAACACUGGGCUUGGUUUGGGAACCAUCCAACGAUAUGUUUCGGUUUCGGGUGGAUUUGCCAACCCCUGCAGAAGAGCUGACACGAUGCCUGGUGUUAUCAUACACGGCCAGAAUCUUCGAUCCUCUUGGUCUGUUGGGACCAACGGUGAUACUCGCCAAGAUGUUCCUGCAACGCCUAUGGGGAUUGAAGCACGAGGGGAAGACGCUGGACUGGAAUCGUCCGCUACCAGCGGAGAUUCAGGAAGAGUGGAGGAGGUUCCACUCAACGCUCUAUGUGUUACGCGAACUGCGAGUACCUCGAUUGGUGGCACAUAGCAAUCCGGAAAGGCUGCAGCUGCAUCUCUUCGCGGAUGCAUCUCAAGGAGCCUAUGGAGCAUGUUGUUACGUACGCUCGGAUUCGACACGGGGCUCUACGGUUAGAUUGCUAGCGGCUAAGUCCAAGGUGGUGUCCCUCUCAAACACACAUUCCAUCGCCAGAUUAGAACUGUGUGCAGCACGGCUAGCAGUACACCUGUUCCAGAAGGUGAUUCGAGCACUCAACGUUUCAUCGUCGACGGUUAUCUGUUGGACAGAUUCCAUGACCGUCAUGCAUUGGCUCAAAUCAUCACCUCGUCGAUGGAAGCCGUUCGUCGCCAACAGGGUGGCGCAAAUACAAGAGGAGACCCGAAUUUCAUGCUGGCGUCAUGUUCCUGGUAGCGAUAACCCGGCGGAUGAUAUAUCGCGCGGGUUGAGGCCCGAAGAGUUACUGCAGUGCGAGCGAUGGUGGCAGGGGCCACGUUGGUUGUCCUACGGACAGGAAGAGUGGCCGGUGGAACCAGUACUCGCGAAAGAGAACGAGACGGACAUCGAGGAGCGGUUAGCGGUGUCCAAAAUAGUCAUCACCUCUACGACGUGUGACUUUAGCAACACACUUUUCGCACGUUAUUCCUCGUACGGCAAGUUGCGAAGGGUUGUUGCUUAUUGCUUGCGAAUCCUCUCCAACCUCAGGGCGAGCAAGUCAACGUCGAUCAACAGCGUCAAGCGGAAUACGGACAUGAAGACGCUAUUGAGUUCCGUUCCACCGCUUACAGCGGCGGAGUUGCAGGAUGCGGAACUGAGGUUGUGUCAACGGGCACAACAUGAUUCGUUUGCGGAGGAGAUGGACGACCUGAAACGAGGAAAGCUGGUGAGCGGAAGGUCGAGACUAAAGUGGUUGUCUCCAUACCUCGACCCAAAGGGUGUGUUACGCGUCGGUGGCCGGCUUGGUAACGCCAACAUACCAGAGUCAACCAAACAUCCGAUUGUCCUCGCUGCAUCACAUCGGCUGUCGACACUACUGGUCGAGAACACUCAUCAUCAAAAGAUGCACGCGGGGCCACAAUUCAUGUUAGCAACAAUCCGGCAGAAGUUUUGGUUGAUUGGGGGCCGAAACUUAGCAAAGAGCGUGUACCAUCGAUGCCACACAUGCUUUCGGAACAAGCCAACGCUGGUGAAACAGGCGGUAGCUGAUUUGCCUAAGUCACGAGUGACACCAACGCGACCGUUUGCCGUCAGCGGCGUCGACUACUGUGGGCCGUUUUUGUUAAAGUCGACCGUCCGCAACCGAAGCCCAACGAAGGCAUACAUCGCGAUAUUCGUAUGUUUCGCGACAAGGGCAGUCCAUAUCGAGCUGGUGAGUGAUCUCACAUCGACUGCUUUCCUAUCAGCACUACGUCGCUUUGUCGCGAGACGUGGUAAAGUAGCCGAAUUGCAUUCGGACAAUGCAACGACGUUCAAGGGCGCGGCACACGAGUUGCAUCGCAUCUAUAGGAUGCUGAAAAUCGAUGAGGGUGAUAGGAGAGCGAUCUUUGAUUGGUGCGCAGAGAACGAACUGGUAUGGAAGUUUAUCCCCCCGCGUGCGCCUCAUUUUGGAGGACUUUGGGAAGCGGCAGUUAAGUCCGCUAAAAGGCAUCUGUUAAAGACGAUAGGAGUUAGAAGUGUGACGCAAGAAAAUAUGCUUACCCUUCUGGCACAAGUUGAGCUUUGUUUAAAUUCGCGUCCAUUGAUACCAAUAUCAGAUGAGCCAACAGAUUUGGAAGCACUAACCCCGGGCCAUUUCUUGAUAGGGAGUAGCAUGCAGGCGGUACCACAAGUAGAUCUUAGCAAGAUUUCUCCGAACCGUUUGAAGGAGUACCAAUUAGUGCAAAGGCAGAUGCAAGAGAUUUGGGCACGGAGGUACCCAGAAUAUCUACAGCAGCUACAGGCCAGGGCAAAGCACGCGAACAAUACACCGGUGAAGCUAGAAGUGAACCAAUUAGUGAUCGUGAAAGAAGACAAUACCCCACCUGCAGUUUGGCCAAAAGGGCGAAUAACAGCUUUGCACCCAGGAAAGGACGGUGUAGUGAGAGUAGUAACUUUACGAGUGGGCACAGGAAAAGAAAUUGUUCGAGCCGUCAGCAGAAUCGCGUUACUACCCAAUCCAAUCGAACAGAGAGGUUAG